UCCGAACCUGAUACUGAUCCGAGUUCUUUACCCUAAUCUCGAUAUUUCCCGCCAUUUCUGUCAGUUCACACAUCAACUGCUUCCACCACCGAAAUACCUACCAUCUAGCCUUCUCUCCCAUCUCUGAUUUUCAUUAUCAUAAUUGAUUUUGAAGUCACUGUUGUUAAAAUAUAUAAUCCCCAAAAUGGGAUUCCAAAGCCACGCAGAGAAAGCUCAAGUUCUCCUAAGGGGCAGGCUCUGUAACCCUAAUUAUAUCUUUAAGCCUCUCUCUGAUUCUCCAGAUGGAAACUACAGCAAGUUAAAGUUUAUUAUAUCGAGUUCAAUCAUGGAGGCAUGCAACAAUUCAAUUCUACUUCUUGGUCCUCGUGGUUCUGGGAAAAUCGCUGUGUUGGAGCUUGUUCUCAACGACUUAUUGCAAGAGCAUCCUGAUACUAUAUCUAUAGUCAAACUGAACGGGCUGUUGCAUAGUGACGAAAUUUGUGCUUUCAAGGAAAUUGCCAGACAGCUAUGUAUGGAGCAUCACUUAUUAUUCUCAAAGACGGCAUCAUUUGAUGAUAACUCCCAGUUCAUGAUAGCCGUGCUGCAGGAGUGUGGAUUAGCACAUAAAACCAUUAUUUUUAUACUAGACGAGUUCGACCUAUUUGCUCAGGGAAAACAACGGUUACUUUAUAGCUUGUUGGAUGCAAUGCAAUCGGUAACUUCACAAGCUAUCGUCAUUGGUGUGAGUUGCCGACUGGAUGCUGAUCAGCUUUUGGAGAAAAGAGUCAGAUCUCGUUUUUCACAUAGAAAGCUAUUGUUUCUGCCUCCAUCUAUGGUAGAUGUAGAAAGGUUGUUGGAGCAUCUUCUAUCUUUGCCAAUGGACUCGAGUUUUCCUCAUGACUACACUACUCAAUUCAAUGGAAAGCUUCAUAAUAUAUUAGCAGAUGAGAGAUUCAAAGAAAUUGUUGCAACUUAUUUAAAUUCCAAUUAUACUGUCAACCAUUUGCUGAAGUUUCUAUUUGUUGCUAUCUCUAAAUGGGAAUUGAAAUCUGGCUUCCCAUCACUUGAGAACUUCAAAAGUGCACUUUCAAGCAUGCGAAGACAGCCAAAGCAGGAAUGUAUAAGAGAUUGCUCCAUUUUAGAACUCUAUCUCCUUGUAUGCAUGAAGCGGUUGGAAGUGAAAGAGCAAAGUUCAUAUAAUUUUAAUUCUGUGAUGAAAGAGUAUAAAAGCAUUCACGACUCGUUCCAGACAUCUGACUAUUAUGCACGAAAUGUAUGCUUACGGGCAUUUGAACGCCUUUUACAGCGAGAAUUAAUAUGUUUCAUGGACAACAGAGGUCAGAACCAAUCUGUUGAAUUUCGUCCAGUGAAGCUUCUGAUCUCAUAUGCUGAACUGCAAGAGGGGCUGAAAUCAUAUCGUUCCUGUCCUUCAUCAGUGAACUUUGAUCUUGUUUGCAGACCAUUCUUCAAAAGCUAAUCGACCGUUAGAUGUGGAGGCACAUCCACAAACUUGGUAGCUUUCACAAACUUGGUAGCUUUUACUGGAGAAGGUGGAAUUUUACGUUAGCCAUUCUGUCUUUCAAGAUGACUGCGCCAAUUUUUCUGGGAAUAAUCUGUACAGGCAGGGUACUGUUAUAACUCAUUGUAUUUAUACUUAAAUCUUGAUGCCUCAGUUCUUAAUAUAUUGUUUCCACUAUCA